GCAACUUGAAAAAAUCCAUAAAAUAAGAAAUGAAAUAUGACUCCAUAAGUAACGGAAGGUAACAAAUGUCGAAAUGCGAAUAAAUCGAAUUUUGUUCAGUUAGCCGCGUAGAAACUUCUCUUAAGGAUGAUAAAUACGCGAGCGUUUCGCCAUGUAGCACGCGACAAGUAGGUGGAAAUAAAUUCUCGAGGAACUGGAUUAAAACUCAGACAAGCGAUUCGAUAGUUUAUAGCAGCAAUAUCGCCGGAAAGCGUUGAUCGAUAAUGCACCGUCGAUGCUGGUUCUUUCAGGCUUUACGAGGCAAUAAACGCGGAGAUUAAAACGUUCUUGCCUGGCUUGGCGAAAUCGCUGGAGUUUUACGGUAAUAUUUUGGGAAUCGAUCGGCGAUGAGUGCCUGAAAACGAUUCGAUGAUGGCGUUAUUUCUUUCACGAUCUCUCGACGGAAAUGGCGAUUACGUUCCCUCGAUAAAAUUCUAGAUAAUGCUAGUUUCAUUUUUAUAAUUCUUUAGCACGAGUUAAUUUCGAUGCAUGGUAUCAAAAAUCUGAAACAAAUAAUUAACAGAUAAAAUAUUCAGGGACCUCGUACUUAACUUCGUAAAUUACAUUGAAACGUAUGAAAAAUAAUUAUAAAACUAAAAAUAAUUUUACAGCUCGUCUUUGGAAGGCACCAUCGAAAGCAGCGUUGCACCUUCAAUUAAAACAUUCAUAAACGAUAUCGACACCGUUUUCACCCGGUUGCCUGGCAAUUAUCGGGUCGUUCUAUCGAUCACUCGACUCCUGUUCUUUGGCAAGCGCGUACGUUUGGUCCCAUGGUCGUUGCAGAACACGCGUAUCGCUUAUCGCGACGGGAAACUGCGUUACGCGCCCACGUAUCGAUCGGCAGCGAACGUUCGCAGAAGCGAGUUUACGUGUUUAUUCAUGGGGAACAUCGGUACCUGUACUGGCCAAGAUUAGAAAAUGUCACCUCCUACGGCGAGGAACAAAAGCCCGCCCACUGGCAUUGUUCCGAGCUGCUUUGCGCGCUUCUAUCCGAUAUAAGCGAUAUUGCCCGCGAAUCGGUCCAAGAUUAAACGUAGACAGCCCUGAGAGUACGAACGAAUCGAUCGCCUGCUGUCUAGAUAAAUCGAUCAAUUGUUAUGAUUACUCGAACAUCUAACCCCUCGAUUUACACGGUACUGUUUCCACGCGAGUUUCAAGAAAUACUUGGGGCACAAAUGAUGAAAGGUCGGCAUCAGUUUCGUCGCAGAUUCAGUCUACAGCCGUCGUCCUUGAAAGAGGGCCAAGAAGAUGGAACGACGAAGCACGUUAGAAAUGAGAGACUGUCGGAAUCGGACAGUGGCGGUGGAAAACCAGCGGAGAGUUCCAUAAGGCACAAGAUCGUCGUGAUGGGCGCCGCGAAGGUUGGGAAAUCGGCUAUAAUCAACCAGUUCCUUUACAACACAUUCACACCGAAGUACAAGCGAACGGUGGAAGAAAUGCAUCACGGCGACUUCAACGUUUCCGGGAUACAACUGACCCUCGACAUCUUGGACACGUCGGGCUCGUACGAGUUUCCUGCCAUGAGAGACCUCUCCAUCAAGUUGGCGGACGCUUUCAUCCUCGUCUACGACGUUAACGACGCCAACACGUUCCUCGAGGUGGAGACUCUCAAGGCGCAGAUUUGCAGCGUGAAGGGCGCAGUGCCUAUUGUCGUCGUUGGCAACAAAGUCGACCUGGUCGACUCGAAACAGGAGGUGGACCCCGAGAGCACGAGGGAGCUGGUGACCAUGAAAUGGGAGAACGGAUUCGUGGAGGUAUCGGCGAAGGAGAACACCAACAUCUCUCUGGUGUUCAAGGAGCUUCUGGUACAGGCGAAACUGAAAUACAAUUUGAGCCCGGCGUUGCGACGACGUCGUCGACAGUCGUUGCCGCCGCCGCAGCAUUUGAAUUCGCGCAGUAGCAGUGCCCACGUGCCAUCUCCGGCUCAGCUGCAGCAUCUGCAGCAGAUCCGCGAGCGAUCGGAGUCCAAGAGGAAUUCCUGCAUUCUCUCGUAAGGAGCCAGUGCAACGUUUCAGCAGAUUCGAUGGUGAAAUGGUCGAGGUAACGAAGGGGUUGAGAAAGGGGAACUAUGCAGCGACGAUUCGACCAGGAAUCGAUCGAUAUAUCCCUCAUUCGGGGUUUUCGAGGGUGUCUGUGCAGCGAUCGAUCGAUCGAUCGCCGAAUGGCUUCUCGGAGGAAUUAAACGGCCAGAGGUGUUCGAGGCGGAAUGAUAAAGCCGAGGUACGCGGUAAUUUCUUCUCCUUCGAUUGUUCGAGAAGCGAGGAACUCGACGUUACGAUCGUGUCGAGAUGAAAUCGGAUCGGUAUUCCGAUUUAACUCGUUCUUGUUACUCGUAACUCGUUAUUCUGUUCGAGGCUGAAAACUUUACGAGUCGGACUCGUAGCGACGUGUUGUAGUCCAGAUGAUGCGCUACGAGUCGGAAUCGUAGCUUGGUCUGAACGGUUCAACUUCUUGGAGAACUCUCAUCGUAGAGAUGGCCUCUAAUCGCAGAGAAUUUUACGUUUUCAAUGGUUACGUACAAGAAAAGUUUGUAGAAUGAAUACGGUACAUGGUACUCUCGAAGAACCGAGAAGGGAUGACUUGUUGUAGCAACUUUGAUGAAAGAUUAGUAGGUCUUGUACAUGCUGGCGGAUAACUGAACGGAGAUAACUUAAUAUGCAGUGUUCGACGCGUUAAACGCGGGUCGACGUACUUGGUGUAUCUGUUUUGUCUUCGGCUAAAAGUACGAUUCGAAGCUCGUCCUUCUUCGCAAUCGAAAAGGGAAGUCUGUAGGACGAUCCUUCCUCGUAACGAUUGCGACAACUUUCUCUUCUGAUAUAUAUAUAUAUAUUUUUUUUUUCUUUUGUAUAUAAGAAUCACGAUAUCUUUAUCCAAUUUGAAGUAACCGAUCCGAGCGGCGUAUACACCGGUCAAGAGAAUUAUUCCGAAUUAUCGAACCGUAGAAUCCCAUCUUUACAGAUGUUCCAAGGUAUCCUAUGAAAAUAUCCUAUUUCAGGGUUGUCUCCCACUGCCCAUUCGCUAUUCGUAUUAACCAUUUACGAACGUACGCAAUGUCCAUGAAAGAUUUUAUAAAAUAUCGUUGGCUAAGUCGAUCGAAUUAGCAUCGAGCGAGUCGCCUACGUUGCUCCUUAUACCGCACAGUUACAGGGUUUAUUUGAAAAGUGCUCUUGGCUAUUUCGAUCCCGAUCCACAAACUUACGCGCAAGCGCGCCAUAACAAACACUGUAUUCGUUAGUUAUAAAAUAAUCUAUUUUUAAGGAGACACGUUGCAAAGUAUAAAUACGGCUCUCCCCGUUUAAGUGGAAUAUCGAAUUAUUUGUCAAUUACGAUACGAUAUAUAUUUGUAAAAUUAACGUACACGAUUGCCAUGCCCCCACUUGAGUUUCUGUAAAUACAAUAAAUGUGAAACCGAAUGCCGCGUACAAACUCUGUUCGAUCGCAGAUAGCUUUUUAAAUAACGUUUAUUACGCGUUGGCAAAUCCUGAAAUGAAAACGUAUACACUGUGUAAUUUCCGUUGGUACUUAGUGCACGGUGUGCUGUAAUGGCAAUGCAUCUAUAAAUGAACUUUAAGAAACUUUGUGCAACGAUUGUUGGUUUUAAGGUUAGGCGCAACAUUUGUUAUUUUUAAUUAUUGAACAAAAGUGUCGUUCGAGAGAGUGUCAUCUUUGUAUUAUUAUACAUAUAUACUAUAUAUAAAUAUUUCGUUAUACGUACAGAUAUAUGUAUACAUAUAUACUUCGUUAGAAGAAAUAUAGAAAGUCUAUGUAAAUAACAGAACAUUGUGAUGUGGAUAUCUCGUUGAAUCGAAGCCCACAUUGGGUAUAAUUUUACAUGAAUAUACAUAAAGAGAUCUACAUAAUUAAUGAUUGUGAAAUGUCGCACAUCACGAUAAGAAAAUAAGUCUAUUUGAAUGUAAACCGCGUUCGAGUCGAAGCUUCCCGAUUGUUCAGAAAUCUAUGUGUAUAGCUGAAACCUUUGCUGAAUUACGCAUUUACAUGAACUUGCAAACCACUUUAAUCGGUGUUACUUAUACUUAAUGCUGUCUAGAUUAAACGAUUCAACGAACGAACAUCAAUGACGCAAAUUCAAAGUUUAACGUGCGAAUACUAAGAUCUACGUUACAUGGAACUUGUCAGGCCACACAGAACGCGACUGUGACUAUUUCUAGUGUAGUACCAGAUAAAUCAUGUGGUAACAAAACAUUAGUAGCAUAAGCCUUCGACUUUGUAUCAUUGCAUUACCAGAAAUUAAAUAAAAAACGGGUGUCAUAGUCAACUUACACAAAAA